UUUUGUUGCCUUACUUCAACGUGUAUGGUGUUUGGAUAUUUCUAUUUUUUCUUGAACAGUUUUAUCUUCAAAUUCAGGAGUUUUUAUCUCCAUAAUAUUGAAAUCAUGUUUGCUGAUACUCUGCUAAUUAUCUUUAUUUCAGUCUGCACAGCCUUGUUGUCAGAAGGAAUCACUUACAUUUUGGUGUACAGAACUGAGACCUACAAGAAACUGAAAGCAGAGGUAGAGAAACAAAGCAAGAAACUUGAAAGGACGAAAGAAGCCUUUGGUGAUGUAUCAGACAAAAAUCAGAAGAAAAAGCUUGAACGACAGGAAGAAAAGUUGAAAACGAACAGCCGGGAUCUCUCCAUGGUGAAGAUGAAAUCCAUGGUUGUCAUUGCAUUCACGUUCACCUCACUCAUGAGCAUGUUCAACUCGAUAUUCGAUGGUCGUGUCGUUGCCAAGCUUCCAUUCACCCCAAUCUCAUGGUUACAUGGAAUCUCACAUCGGAAUCUUCUUGGGAAUGACUUCACAGAUUCAUCCUUCAUCUUCCUCUAUAUAUUGUGCACCAUGUCAAUCCGUCAGAAUAUUCAAAAGCUUCUGGGAUUUGCGCCUUCAAGAGCAGCAGCUAAGCAGUCUGGAGGCUUCUUUGGGCAGACGCAACCAGGAGUUAAAUAGCGCCCUCAAUGUAAUGUCGAUGGCAACCAGAGAGUGUCCUUCAGGUCAUUGAUUCUUUUUUAAUCAUCAUUCAUUUCUUAAGGCCAAGUCCACCCCAACAUCGGGUUUUGAAUACAGAGGGCCAGUAUUCCGCAAGACUGACUGAACAUUUUGUCAACGUCAGAUGUUGAACUAAAAAAAAUAUAUUGAAGUUUUCCCUUUUUUGCCCCCAAUGUAAUGUCGAUGUCAACCAGAGAGUGUCCUUCAGGUCAUUGAUUCUUUUUUAAUCAUCAUUCAUUUCUUAGGGCCAAGUCCACCCCAACGUUGGGUUUUGAAUACAGAGGGCCAGUAUUCCGCAAGACUGACAGUGAACAUUUUAUCAAAAUCAGAUGUUGAACUAAAAAAAAUAUAUUGAAGUUUUCCCUUUUUUUCAUAUGACCUAUAACCCUGACCUUAAAACAAAGCUGAAUGGUAUGCUGAUGAUGUCACACUCAAUAACACUCAGUCAAGAUGAUUCAAUUUGGUAUUGAAUGUUUACAUUGUAUAGAACAUGUUGUAACUUAUCAUUUUCAAUGGAACGCUAUUUUAAUGUCGCUCUUAUCUACAUGAUUGUAUGAAAAUUGUAUCGUUUGAAAUUCUUAUCUGAUCGAGUUCAUAAUGAAUGAGUGUCAUAUCAUUGGCCUACCAAUACCACUGUGUUGCGUGUAUCACUAUCUUAAGAAAUGAAAAAUUGGAAACCUAGUCUUGUGACUAUCUGAAUUUGCAACUGAUUUUGGUUAAAUUUUAACUUCGGCUGAUUUGAUUUUCUCCUUUGUUGUCAAAACAGACUUGAUGUUGGGGCGCACUUAGCCUAUAAAACCAGUACAUUAUGAAUG